AUGAAAGUUUUAGCUCUACCUUUGACAUUAGCUAUCCCAUUAGCUCUGUUAUGGGCCGGCUUUAUCGAUAGCUCAUUGUCAGCUGAUAGUGAUGACAUUUGCUGGUUCUUUCCCAAUGCAACCAAGAUUCGCGAUCCUUUAUCUUGCGGUCAGUACAUUACAUGUAUUGAUUCAGUGGCUCAUUACACCGCUUGUACUUCAAGUACGCCGUACUUCGAUAAAGAAACCGGGAAGUGUGUGAAAACGUUGACUAAUUACACCGGCUGUGAGAUUUCGUGUGAAGAAAAUGAGGAUCUAUUCAUUAAUGAUCCUUCAUCCUGCAGCGGUUAUUACUUUUGCAAAACUGCGACAACACCAAUUCAUGGGUAUUGUCCGAGCGGCACACAUUUCAAUUCCACGACCCAAUCGUGCAUCUUUAGAGUCGAUUCUACGUGUGAGCUGAAGGAACUCGAUAUUUGUCUUAUCACCCCAAAUGGAGUCAAAAUUGCAAGUGAUACAAAUUGCGGUCGAUAUCAUGAGUGUAAGAAGAAAGUGCUCUCGUCCAAAGACUGCUCAACAGGUCAAUACUAUAAUCCACCUACCGGCACUUGUUUGAGCAAGUGGAAGGUGGCUUGUGCGAAACACCCGGUGCCCGAUAAUGUGUGCGGCACGACAAAAAGGCCCUACAUAAAUAAAUUUGUUUCGGAUGGUGCAACUUGUCGUGGCUACUACUAUUGUGCCGAAAGGAAUGUCAUGCCUGACCCUGCACCAGUAUGGGGCAGCUGCCCUAAUGGCACCUUCUUCAAUCCCACUACACAAGCUUGCGCAAAUCCUUCGAGUACCGCAUGUCCCAGUGGAGCAGAUCGUUGCGAAGGACGUUCGUUAACCUUUGUGAGCUCCAGCGAUAAAGGGUGCCGUCAAUAUUUACGUUGCAAAGAUGGCAAGACCCAAGAGGAAUUGAGUUGUGGCAAUAAGUUCUUCAAUGAAGCCUUAGGCGCUUGCGUAUCUUCGCCUAUUACAUACGCAUUCUGUGCUUCAUAA